AGUUCACCCAAAUUAAUCCAUCUCUUUUUCAAUAUUUAUACCCCCCCAAUUUCGCCUUUAAUCCCAUCGUCUUCUUCUUCCUCCUCUCCUCUUUUUGCCUCUUCCAUUGAUUUCCCAGUCGAAGGAAAUCGUAAGAAUCGUGAUAUUAAUCCGCCAGUUCUUCAUCCCUUCGGUUGAUUCUCGGAUUUGAGGCUCAAAGAUUGAAUCUUUUCUGACCCAAGAUCUGGUUUGGAUUUGAACCGUUAAUCGUAGAUCUGUUCUAGAUUCCGUAUGCCCGUGUGCAGAAUUUGGCUGGGGGUUUUUGAAUUUCGAUUAUUGGGGUUUGAUAGACAUGGCGGUCUUGCCCGAUGACGAUUCGGUUCUGAUCCGAGAAGUUUGGGAAGAUAAUCUGGAAGAGGAGUUCGCUCUGAUCCGAGAUCUGGUUGACGAUUAUCCGUACAUCGCCAUGGACACCGAGUUCCCUGGCAUAGUUAUCCGUCCGGUUGGGAAUUUCAAGAACAGCAAUGCCUACCAUUACCAAACCCUAAAGGACAAUGUGGACAUGCUGAAACUGAUUCAACUCGGGCUAACCUUCUCGGACGAGAAGGGCAAUUUGCCCAAAUGCGGCACGGAUAAGUACUGCAUAUGGCAGUUCAACUUCCGGGAAUUCAACCCGAACGAUGACGUGGCAGCAAGCGACUCGAUUGAGCUGUUGCGCCAGAGUGGGAUUGAUUUCAAGAAGAACACAGAGAAGGGCAUCUCUGCAAAUAACUUUGCAGAGCUUCUCAUGUCUUCAGGAGUCGUUCUAAAUGACAGUGUCCAUUGGGUUACUUUCCACAGCGGGUACGACUUCGGGUACUUGCUCAAGAUCCUAACUUGCAAGCUCCUGCCCGAUACCCAAUCCGGGUUCUUCACGUUGAUCAAUGCUUACUUUCCGGUCGUGUAUGACAUCAAACACCUGAUGAAGUUCUGCAACAGUUUGCACGGCGGGUUGAACAAGCUGGCUGAGCUUUUGGAGGUGAAGAGAAUUGGGAUUUCGCACCAGGCCGGGUCUGAUAGCUUGCUCACUGCUUGUACUUUCAUCAAGUUGAAAGACAACUUCUUUAGCGGCUCCAUGGAUAAAUAUGCAGGUGUGUUGUAUGGUCUAGGUGUCGAAAGUUGAAACUUGACAUGUAAUGUACUCAAGAAAAAGAAAGAAAGAAAAAGGAAUUUGUGAAUAUUUUUUUAAAAAAAAUAAAAAGAGAAUUUCAGUUUAGUUGUGUUUCUUUAGCUGCAUUUAUGGGUUUUAAUUCAUGAUUAUGAUGCCCAGGAGCUUCAUUCAUAUACUCUCGAAUGAAGAAUGUAUCUUGUUUAUGAUGUUAUCUCUUUAUUCUUAAUCUUAGGGCUCAUUUGGUUUUA